GGGCAGCAGACAUUUUCUGUUGGCGAACUGGCAUGAGCACCGACAAUGGCCCAUCGCGCCCGCAGGACCCGUCGGGCGUGCGCAUCGUCCUCGGCCGGCUAGGCAUCCCCGCAUGGCUCCUGCAGCGGCCCAAGCUGCCCUCCCGCAACUGGCUCAUCUUCCUCUCCGUCACCUCGUCCGUCGCCGGCUGCUACAUCUACGACCGCCGCGAGUGCAAGCGCAUCCGGCGCGAAUACGAGGAUAGGGUGCGCUGGCUCGCCGAGGAGCCGCUCGCGAGCAGCGACCUCCCGCGCAAGGUCGUCGUGUACGGCGCCAAGUGGCCCGGCGACGACGACUGGGACCGCGCGAUGCGCUACUUUCGCAAGUAUGUCAAGCCGAUUCUCGUGGCCGCGGCGGUGGACUAUGAUAUGAUCAAGGGUCAGCGGCACGGCGACAUCGCGCGGCGCCUCGCCGACGAGGUGAAGGCGCACCGCCGGCUCGCGCUGGGGCUCGACAAGCCCAAGGAGUCGAUCAUGCCGCUCCCGACGGACCAAUCACCUGAAGCUGUCCGCCGGCGCGAGCUCGACGGCGGGCUCGUCAUCGUCGGCCGCCCGACGUUCAAGGAGUUCAUGGCCGGCCUGAAAAGCGGGUGGAGCGAGAGCGCGCGGAGGGUGGAUCGGGAGGAGGAGCUGGCGCGCGUGCUGGCGGACGACGGCGUGUUCGACGAGCCGGAGCCCGAGGUGGGGGACGUGGGCGCGCUGGACGGCGAGCCCAUCCCGACGCCGUCGAAGCUCCCGCCGUCUGCCGGUGUGUACUCGCCCUUCCAGGCGAUCGCGCAGCAGCGCGCGGCACCGAAGCCUCGCUCCCGGGAAGAGGAGGCCACGAGCGAAUUGCUCGAUACGCCGCCCGGGACCAUCACGCCCCUGCCGCCGCUGCUGCUCGUCCCGUUCACGAACUACCUCGGGUUCAAGCAGAUCCCGUACAUGCUCUGGGACUUCUUCACCGAGCGGAAAAAAGUCCAGGCGGGCGCCGAGGCGGCGUACAAGCUUAUCAUGAAGCACACGCGCCCCUUCCACGGGCCCUCUGACGUCCCGCCCGCAAACGAAUCGAAUUUCAUCACGCCAGCAGGCUCGGACCUCGACUUCGACGCCGCCGUGGAGCAGUACUACAAGUCCUCCACGCACAAGCUGCCCGACGAGAUCGCCAAGGCGCGGGCGGACUACUACGCCGCGCUCCCCGCGCGCCUCAAAGCGGCGCGCGACCUCGCGCGCGGGCUGCGCGAGCCCACCAAGGAGGAGCGCGCGAACCCGCCACCGACGGAGGUCGAGCUGCGCAGCGAGCGCAUGCGGAAGGAGCUGAGGUGGCGGAGCGACGAGGAAGGAUGGGAGAUUAUCAGGCCGGACCGGCCUGUUGCGUGGGACGAGCGGUUUAGGGAUGCGUUGAAGGUCUUUGUGGACCCGCCCAGGGAAGAGGAGAGGCGUGAGUCGGAUUAGAGCGCACGACAUGACAAACUUUAUAAUUGCAUAAUACGACUUUUGCUUCACUGCUCGCUCGUACAGGGUUCGUUGACAGGCCAAAUGGCACGACAUUUCGGC